UUGUAUUUGUUGAAUGAAUUUGCAAAUCACUUAACGUUUGAUUUAUUAGCAAUUAAUACAAUUAAUUAUUUGUAAAUUUUAUCAAUUAAUUGAUUUUAUUGUUUGAAUCGUUUUUAUAUUUUGAAGACAAUGUCAAACAAGAAGCGUUUGGUGUCGUCUAUCAUACAGUUCUUAAACGAUGAACUCAAAUGUCAAGACUUAUCCGCCGAUUCAAAGGAGUCUAUUGAAGUUGCCAUGCAAUGUCUUGAGUCGGCCUUUGAAGUGAAUCCAAUGGAUGCCUCACUUUUGACAAAAGCAAAGUUGGAGACAAUAUUUAAUGACUAUUUGGAAGUCAAUAAAAAUGCGACGGGUGUUGCGACCAAAGUUGAGAUCAACGAAGCGGACCGUAAGGAAGCUGAAAGACUUAAGAAUGACGGCAACGAACUGAUGAAAACCGAAAAAUUUAAUGAAGCACUCGGUCUCUACAGUCGGGCCAUUGAGUUAGACCCGUCUAAUGCUGUCUACUAUUGUAAUCGGGCCGCCGCUUAUUCCAAGAUAAACAAUCACGAGUUGGCUUUGGAAGACUGCAAGCGAGCCAUCAGUAAUGAUCCCAAUUAUAGUAAAGCAUACGGAAGAAUGGGUUUGGCGUACGGCAACCUUAAUGAACACUUAAGGUCUCGGGAUUGCUAUCGAAAGGCUAUAGAAUUGGAUCCAAACAAUGAAAGUUAUAGAAACAAUCUUAAGUUAGCUGAAGAGAAACUAUCUCAAAGUCAACAAAACAUAUUUCCGGGAAUGCCUGGAAUGCCAGGUAUGCCAGGAAUGCCAGGUAUGUCUGGAAUGCCAGGAAUGGGAGGAAACCCAUUUGAUUUAAGUUCUCUUUGGUCAAACCCGGCGCUUAUGAAUAUGGCCACACAAUUGAUGAGCGAUCCAAAUAUGCAAAACUUAAUGGGCAAUUUAAUGUCUGGAGCGAUGCCGCCCAACAACAAUGAGGCUGAAGGUGAUAGUGGCGUUGGAGUUGCUGGAGGUACUGCUCCUGAAGGAACUGCUUCUUCUGGAGGUGCUGCUCCUGGAAGUGCUUCUUCUGGAGGUGCUUCUUCUGGAGGUGCUACUGGUUCUGCAGGCGCUGCUGGUUCUGGAGGCGGACUCGAAGCGCUUUUACAGGCUGGCCAACAAAUUGCUGCACAAAUGCAAGCCGCAAAUCCCGAUUUAGUUAAUCAAUUAAGGAAUGCUAUGGGAGCUAAUAAUUCUAAUCCUAAUGAUAACCAAAACAAUACAAAUCCCGAUGGAAGCAAUGAGAAGAAAGAUAACUAAAUUUUUAAAUAAUAGAUAUAUUUAUAAGUUUAUUAUUAUAUAAAAAAAUUUUUAUGUCUUACAAUAAAAUUUCAAUUUAUUCGACAAAAACAGAGGCGAUUUCA